AUGAAGAAGAGUUGGACCUGAAAUCCAGAGCAAAGGUUAAUCAAUGACUUUACCAAUUCACUCUUGUUAUAAGAUAAGACUAAUUAUCAAAAGUUGAAUAUGUUUAUCAUUAACCAAUCACUCAAACGGCUUGCAAAUCGAGGUUCAUCACCUAUGAAUGUGGUAUUAUCGGCCAAAUCAUUAAUGCGAUGCACUAUAUUACCUAAAAGAGCAAUCUCAACCGGAUCGCUAACAAAUCCAGCAGCUUCAAAGAAUUCACUUAAAUUAUUAAUGGGUUGUACUACAAGUUCAUUAGUACUCCUUGGAUUAUCUAAACUGUCUCUUAUAUUAAAUGAUUCUGCGACUGCAUUACCUUAUAAUCAAUUACAACGCAUUGAAAUUAGUCCUAAACGUAAACAUAGAAGCAGAUUAGGAGGUUAUUUAAAUUAUGAAGAAUUAACUAUAGGCUCAAUAAUUGGAUUUUUUCUAGGAGUAAUAAUUGGUAAAUUGAGUACUAUAUUAGUAUAUCUUACUCUAUCUACUUAUUUAUUAUUAGAAUACCUUCAAACUAAGCAUAUAAUUCGUAUACCUUGGAAUUAUAUGUUUACCAUAGGUAAAGAAAAAGUUGAUGUAAGACAAUUAGUAUUUGAAAAGCCAAGUUUUAAAAUAGCAUUUGCGCUUUCAUUCUUGUUAACUGCUUAUAACAUUUAGAACAAAUAAUA